AUGUGUUACAUUGACAGCGCAGAGUUGUAUCUCUUGAGGCGAUUUUCCGAUUGUUUUCUGAGCUUCACUGAGGCCGUGUUCAUUACGGCAUACGUUGCAUGUUUUCCAGCGCUUCUACCAGUUGAAGCGAUUUGCUGUGGAUUAUCACCGCGUUAUUUUUCUGAGCCGGUACUUUUGAAAACUUUUGAGCAGUACAGAGAGCCGCGCCUGUAUUUUAUGAUUCAUUUCAGCAUUAACAGCGAAAAAAUUUAUUAUCCCAACCGAGAUUCUCUGUAACACCGUGCACACAACAUUUUCAAUUUUACUGAAAACAAAGCUCAAUUUUCAUUUUUAGGUCAUCACCUGAGAAGCCUGUUGUCGCUGCCGCACCUGUAAUCAAAAAUCUUGCCAGCUUGAGUUCUGUGGUCUUCGAAGCUGGUGGCAGGCAUCCAGUGAUCCCGUAUUAAACAAUAUUUUGACAGCAGCUCGCGAAUUAUCGUUUAUCGUUUUGAGUUUCCUUUAAAAGCGGGUUUUUCGGGAAUGUGUUCUGUAAUAUUCACGUGUGACCCGAACUUUUGAACGUAAAUGGAUUUCAUGCAACAUUUUAAUGCGACAGCGAGUUGGUUUCACCCAGUCUUUUGUUCUAGGCUGGAUGGCGAUCAGUGGUUGCCAUCAACGCCGGCAUCAACAAUGAGCGGGACACGAAACACCAGUUCACGAGUCCCAUUUUUAAGUAUAAGAUCGUUAUUAUUUGAAUGAGACUUGCCAUCGAAAGUUUCGUGGGCUCACAUGAGCUACUUGAAAAUCUGGGAGGAGCAGUCAACCGAGAAACUGCAGCUUAUUGAGCAAAAUGAAAAGUACCUGCAGUGCACCAGCUUCCGGCUCAGAAACCAUGGAUGCCUCAUUCUUUAUCACACAACAAAACAAAAACAGUAAUCGCCUUCACCAUAACGGAUCGCAACUUCGACACGAGUACCACCAACAUAACACCACCAAAUCAGCGAUAUCACGACAGCGUAACAGCAAUCACAUUGACUGCAUACAAACAGCUGCGCCCAGUCGCAUUUGCUUCACCCGCUGACAGAUCUUUCCAGCCCGACCAGCCUGAUUGGUCCGUGCCACUGAAAGACCACAUUGCCAAUCUGAUAAACUGA